GUCAGGUGACCGAGUGCAGGUUGAUUUCAGAACGUGACUACUCAAAACCAUUUCUUCCUUUUUAGUUAUCAACACAGUUUGCUAACGCAGAUGGAGAUUCAUAAAUUGUGCCACAGCGAUACCUGGACAGGUGGGAUUCAUACCAUGUUGCCUGACAACGAUGGUAAAAACAUUGAAGGUGGGCAGACCUCAUCUGAGGGAGAAGAUCCCUCCGUCAGUCUGUUUCGAGAGUACCUUCGUGUCAAAACCGUCCACCCGCAACCUGACUAUGAUGGUGCUCUUGGGUUCCUGAACAGAAUGGCAAAGGAGCUUGAGUUACCUAUGAAAACGCAUGAGAUUUGUCCAGACAGAGUUGUGUCAAUCAUGACCUGGGAAGGGACAAAACCAUCACUGAAAUCCAUUUUAUUGAAUUCCCACACAGAUGUCGUGCCUGUUUUUCAGGAACAUUGGAAGUAUGAUGCUUUCAGUGCUUUCAAAGAUGCAGAGGGCAACAUUUUUGCCCGUGGAUCACAGGACAUGAAAUGUAUAACAAUACAGUACAUCCAGGCAAUCAGAAGACUGAAGGCAGAAGGAAGGAAACUGAUGCGCACUGUGCAUUUAAUGUUUGUCCCAGAUGAAGAGGUUGGAGGCCACAAGGGAAUGGAAGCAUUUGUGAAUUACCCAGAGUUCCAAAAGUUAAACGUCGGCUUUGCACUUGAUGAAGGACUUGCCAACCCUACAGAGGCUUUUACUGUCUUCUAUGGAGAGAGAAACCCCUGGUGGAUCACAGUUCACUGUCCAGGCAGUCCUGGCCAUGGUUCUCGGUUUGUGGAGAACACUGCUGCUGAGAAAAUGCGCAAAGUCAUAAACUCUUUCUUGGAUUUCAGAGAGAAAGAAAAACACAGACUUAAUACCAGCGAGUGUUUCACUCUCGGUGAUGUUACCACUGUGAAUAUGACCAUGGUGCAUGGUGGCGUGGCGUACAAUGUCAUCCCACCUAAAAUGGAUGUCAGUUUUGAUUUGAGAAUACCACCCACAGUGAAUCUACAGGAGUUUGAAGAACAGAUCAGUCGCUGGUGUCAGGAGGCAGGAGAAGGAAUCACUUAUGAGUUUGCUCAGAAACACAUGAACCAGAAUGUGACAUCGACAGAUGAGAAUGAUCCUUGGUGGAAUGCAUUCAGUGGUGCCUGCAAGGAAAUGAAUAUGACUUUGGAAAAAGAGAUAUUUCCGGCUGCCACAGAUAGUCGUUUUAUCCGAGCUGCGGGUCUGCCUGCUAUCGGCUUUUCCCCAAUGAACUGCACGCCGAUCCUGCUGCACGAUCACAACGAGUAUCUGAACGAGAAAGUCUUCCUGAAGGGCAUCGCUGUAUACCACAGGCUCAUCCCGGCACUUGCCAGUGUUCCUGCCUUUCCUGAUGAGAUUUAAACAAACUUCAUUGAUAAUGCUAAACAUAUUUCACUGGGCUGAUUGUCUAGGUUGAAAAGAGAUUACCAAAGAAAAAAAAAAUGAAUACAUGUAUAUCAUUUUGCCAAACUGAGCACUUAGUCUUUGGGACUCUUGAUUAUUUUUAAUU